UUCUUAAUGAAAUCUAAUUGUCUAGUAAUGACAGUUUCUCCCUACCCCUCUCUUUUACAUCUGAAAAAGUGUUAAUGACAGUUUAUCUUCAGAGGAAGUCUUCCCUUCUCCAAACAAGUGUGCAGACAAGACACAGUUCAGCCACCAGUUGGGAUAGGAGAUGCUCUGGGGCCACACAGCCUCCUAAUGCACAGACGGUGACUUUUCAAUACCAUCUGUUCAUUAUUUCUUCACAGCCAUUUACAAUUUCUCCCCCUCCAUGAGGGCUGAAUAGAAAAAAUAAAGUCACACCUAGUUUUAGAGUUUCUGGAAGUUAGCUGCUCUUUCCCCUCGCUUUUUUCUCCAGUGCAGUAAAGGUUAUGGCUCUUCUUCCUACAUAUCCCGGUCAUUAGCUUCUGUAGACCCCUGCUUCGUGUUUCUUAGUGCUGAGUGCUAUGCCAUCCGCAAGUAACAGAAGAACAACAUUAUGUUAGUCUACUGUGUAUACUUGAAGAAAUAAUCUCGUAAAGCAAUCUGUUCUUUUAUUUCCUUUAACUUUGUAUAAGAAGCCUAAAUACUCUGCUUAUUCCUUAUAAGUAAAAGCUGAAUCUUUGGCUACCUUCUCUUGUAGAAGCACCUGGUAUUCUUUCCUUCUGAUAUUAAACACAUGGGAAGAUAGUAGUUGAAAUUUAGCCCUGAAAGCAUGCAUCGUGAGGAAUGCUAAAAGCUGACAGAAACGUUAGUUCCUGACCUUGGCAAAUCUUUUCUAAAUUUUUCUUUGUGAGCUUUUUGUCCUCUUCAUCUCCAGUUAAGAUCUUUGCUUCCUGAAGGGAUGGCAGGCUCACUUUAGACUAUGUAAUUGUCAAUUGUGAUGCAUAAAUAGCGUUCCACUCCUCCUACAUCAUAGGAGAACUUUAACUUGUGACUAAAUAGGAAACUCAAGAAGAGAAAUGACUGAAUGGUGUAGUUACUAUUGCCCUAUAGAUUUAUUUUUAAAAGAUUAAGACCUAUUAACAUGUAUAAGGUACUUUGGUCUGGGAAGCCAUAUGGUUCAUCUCGCAGUAUCGUAAGGAAAAUUGGUACUAAUUUAUCCUUGAUCCAGUGUCCAAGAGUUCAGUUUCAGCUUACCAGCCCUCCAACAGAAUGGAGCCCCAGCUACCCAGGAGAGGGUGCAGUGGCAUCUUUUGCUGAUGUUGGAUGGGUAGCCAAAGAAGAAGGAGAGUGUUCGACAAGACAAAGGUCAGAGGUCAGGUCAAGGCAGCCCCUUCAGGAUGACCUUCCUGUCCCUGAGAAGCCCCCGAGCAGGUGCUUUUCCUUACCAAACGCAGCUCCAGAAGAGCCUCAGCUGAAAACGACGACACUGGCGAACGAGGAAGCGCUGCAGAAGAUCUGUGCUCUUGAAAAUGAACUUGCUGCUCUCAGAGCUCAGAUUGCCAAAAUCGUGACCCUACAGGAACAGCAAAAUCUCACUGCAGGUGAUUUAGAUUCUGCCACAUCUGUGACCACAGCACCACCCUCUGUCCCACCACCUCCCCCUCCGCCACCUCCCCCGCCCCUCCCCCCACCAGGGCUCCACCAAAGUGUGUCUGCUAUUGAGCUGAUUAGAGAGCGAAGAGAGAAGAAAGCCUGUGCUGGAAAGACAGUGGUUAAGAACAGUCCAAAGAAACCUGAUAUGCCAAAUAUGCUAGAGAUCCUUAAAGAUAUGAACAGUGUAAAGCUUCGGUCGGUAAAAAGGCCAGAACAAGAUAUAAAGCCCAAACCAGUAGAUGCUGCUGACCCAGCUGCCCUCAUAGCAGAGGCUCUGAAGAAGAAAUUUGCUUAUCGCUAUCGGAGCGAUAGCCAAGGUGAAGUUGAAAAAGGAAUUCCGAAGUCUGAGUCAGAGGCCACCUCAGAAAGAGUAUUGUUUGGGCCACACAUGUUGAAGUCUACAGGAAAAAUGAAGGCUUUAAUUGAAAAUGUUUCAACUUCCUAACAGACAAUGAGCUGAGAAAGACUAUCCUGGUUCAGCUGUUGGUUUGUUAGGGCUCUUUGGCUGGUAGAAAUCAACACUAUUUAGUAAAUACCUGAAUUUAGUAUUCAGUGCUGCCUUUAAAAUUGAAUUAGAGGAUUAAGCAAUAACAGAAGCACUCAAAGUUGUGUUUGCUUUUAUGAGAAGGUCGGUUCUUAAGUAUUCCGUGGCAUGUGGAUAUUCUGACAGAACAUGUUUUUAAUGUGUUGCCAGGAUGUUAGGUUUCCAGGCUUGAAAAAAUUACAUAGACUUCAGAACAAAGAAAGGACAUUUGUAGAUGUGAGUUUUUAAUUCUGAACACUAAUUUAUCUGUACAAGUGUUUUAUAUGCAUACAUUUGGAUAUAGAACAGUCUGUGUAAAUGUAGUGAUGACAGCACUGAGGGUACUGUCAUCAUCCUUCGUCCUCAGUGAUCACUUACUAUUCAACGAUGGGACAGCUGGGACAACGCAAGUGGUUGGAGUGAAAUAUUUGAGAUUAGAAUCUUCUUGCCUUGAACAAAACUUCUAUCUUAGAUUCUCUCUCACAUUUUCUUGGAGAUGGGGUUUGAGUAGGAAGCGGAUAAUGUUCACUGCUGAAAUCCCAUGCUCCCCUUUAAAGGGCCACCCGGACCGGGAGAGCAGCCUCACCUCAGUGCCAUCCAGUGCUGAGGAAGGAAGUAUAGUUUUCAGAUAGUGAGGAAUCAAAUUAUUGAAUUAAAUCACUUUUUAAAGUAAAAGCCACAAUGUCCCAUCUUCUUUUUCUUUCAUUUUAAUAAAUGGCAUCAUAAAGAUGACUUGUUGCUAAGUCAGUACUUCUGGAAAUGUCAGCAUAAUGGAGUUUUAAAAUUUUUAAUAUUGGUCAAAGUAGUAGCUUUAUAAUGAAAAAUUGAAUAGGCAAAACGAUUUCCAAUAAGUUGUUUAUCAUUGGUCAGAAUGCUGUUCUGUUGAAUUAUAUUAUGCAGCAUAAACCUUAGCUGUUAUUAGAAAGUGGACAACGGCCUUUCUCAUCUAGGGCUUCUAAGGAAUUGCUGUAAGUGAUCAUUUUUAAAUGUUUGAUAAAUCUUCAUGAUUUUCUAUAUUUCUGUUAAACUCAGCUAGAGGUAAUGCCAGAAUCUCCUACCACAAGUAAAUAUUUGGAUUAUUUAAAUCUAGUGAAAAAAAUAGUUGUUUCUUCCUGGGGGGAUUAGGAGAUGGGGAAAGUAGAUAGACACUCACUUUUAAGUUAUUGGAAAUGUGUGCAAUGUUCUCAAUGUUAGCAAGUAUUAGUUGAGGUAAUUUACAUGGUUUGGUUAUUCAGCUUAAAUUUGAACGGUGGCUUAUUUUACACAUGUUGAUGUACACUGUUUCUAAGUGUUUUGUAUGGUUUAAAAAUUCUGCCUUUAAAAGAAAUUCAGAAAAUCCACCUCACAUGCAUAUUUUGACCUAAGAAAUUUAUAUUUGUAUCAGUAUUAAAUUUUGGCCAAUGCUCCAAUAUAAGGAAGUUACUGUUUUGGAAUAAAGCAAACUUUUAUUUUCCUUGGACCAUAA